CAGUCUCCAAGAUGGAAUACUAGUUGAUUACAGUCUUCAGCAAAUUAACCAUAAGGUUUCAUCUGAUUGAUUUUCAAGAACAUAGUCUCCACUUUUGUAAAGAAAUAAUAUGCAAUAGAUGAUGUUCUCGAUAUUACUUAUAUCCUCUCGUGAUUUUGUUGAACAGUACUGAAGACUAAAUCAGUGGAGAAAGAUCUUAUAAGAAUGUUAUUAAAUCGAUAUGAACAAUUUGGUAUAAUUGGACGACCAGUAAAUGACAGUAAAAUUAAAGUUGAUGUUCGUUAUGGAUUACAACUUUUUCAAAUUUUGGAUUUAGAUGAGAAUAAACAAAUUCUGCGAACCAACUGUUGGUGUAUGCAUCUUGUCAAAUUAUUUGUUAUAUUUGGGUCGCAAUAUCUUAGUAAGACUAGAAAUUUUAUACUGAUGAUUGGCUUCAUUGUUGCUUCAGUGUUGCCUCACGAAAUUCGAACUCACGACCGAUCAGUCUCAAGCGCGAGCGCUUAACCACGAGACCACUAAAUCGGCAUCCAACGGUGUUGAUUUCUAACUUCAAGCAAUCCACAAAAUUGAGCAAUCAUUCACCAAUGUCUUCAGUGAGUUGAUAUCUUCCAACAGACCUGGUUGAACUCCACUAUUUUUAUUCAAGAAUUAUCUGUACAUUACAUCAUAUAGCUACAUUUGUUGUAUUAAAAAAUACUAAAUCCUGACCAAUUGUCUUUAUUACAUUUGUAUAAU